AUGAAGACAUCUAGCUACCUCGUGUUGAGCGCGCUCCUUGCCGCUUCCACUGCCUCGGCUCAACACCAGAUUCGUGGUCGACCAGAUCACCUUGCACGCCUCGCUCCACGCGCGCCUCUGCCAACCCCGCUUUUCCCUGGCAGUUUCGGCGGUGGUGAGAGCAGCGACUCAUCCAACUCGGCCUCCGCCACACGCAGCUCCCAAUCCUCCUUUGAUCCAUUCGCAGGUUUCUCGUCGGCGAGCGCAGCUGCCGCCUCUUCUUCGUCCGCUGCUCCUGCCAACGCCGCUUCCUCCUCGGCCUCUGCUGCUGCCGCUUUCUCUUCCUCAGCAGCGGCGGCGUCAGCAGCUUCAGCCUCGGCCUCUCGAUCGGCUGCCGCUGCGUCGUCGUCCGUCGCUGCACAAGCUGCUUCGUCGGCCGCUGCUUCCAUCUCGAGCGCGAUGGCCUCUUCCGAAUCAGCCGCCUCGGCUUCCCUUGCUUCAGCUGCUUCGGUCAGCCGUGCAUCGGCCUCCUCGGCUGCCCUCACCACGUCCACCGGUCUCACCACUACUCUUACCGCCACCGUCAUCGCCACACCCACACUCGUUCCCACCUCGUCCGCAUCGGCCGAUAGCCAGUCGAGCUCCGACACCGGAUCUGGUGGUGCUAGCAAAGGUCUCAUCAUCGGUGUCUCGGUCGCCGGUGGUGUCUUGGUGCUGGCUGCCUUCAUCUUCCUCUACUUCAAGUUUGGCACGCGUAGAUUCAGCAACUUUGAUGAUGCCGAUGCCGAUAUCAAGUGGCCUGAACUCAAACAUGAUCCUGACUCCAACGUCAUGCAGCCCUUGCCUGCACGAAGAACUGGAGGCGCUGGAUUCGACAUGGGCGACGAAUCCGACAACGAAGGUGGUGACCACGAUGCCAACGCGGGCAUCGGCGAAAAGGGCAGAGACAGCUUUUCCGGUUCGACUACCGCUCUUGCUGCUGCACCACCAGCCGGUUACGGUGUCAACGACUAUGCGUCCGGAAUGGAUCAUGCGUACGCAGUCGACCCCGCCGCAGCGUACUACCAGGAUCACCACAUGUACGACGGACAUCAGUACGGCAUCCAGACUUCGCCUGGUGCUGGCGCUGCCUACUCCGACAACGGCACCUACGGCGUCGACCCAUAUGCGCAUGCUGGCAUGACGCAUCCGCAAUCACAACAAUACCCACACGGUCACUACCAGUGA